AUGAAUCACGACGCUACGAUAGAUAUUCCAAUGGAGCACAUGGCCGACGAUGCUGCCACUUUGAGGAAUCAAAGCAGUACUAGUCAGCUACGGCCUACGGACUCAACCAUGUCACCUACAAAGCAACGAAUCAACAAGACUUUCAACAGAGGGAGGAGACCGCAAAGUGGGAUUCAUGGCGGCAACAGGACGGGACACGUGGGAUACGACGGGGAGGAAGACACGAUCAAUACGAUGGGAAAGAUCUACAAGAAGAUUAGGGAUUUCUCGAUUGUGACGAGGUAUCUGUUCUAUGUCGUGCCCAUUGGUGCAUGCAUAGCUAUACCGAUCAUCAUUGGAGCGACAAGCGCGAGGAAGACAACCAUUGGCAACGUGCCGAUCUUGUGGUUCUUCGUGUGGAUUGAGAUUAUUUGGUCCUCGUUAUGGGUGAGCAAGAUCGUGGCACAUUUCCUUCCGAUGAUCUACGAAGUCUUUGCUGGCUUCGUAUCUUCUGGUGUGAGGAAAUACUCUAUGGUUCUGCGUGCACUAGAGAUCCCGCUCUCGCUUGUCGGAUGGGCGGUAUGCUCGUUGGCGACCUUCAAGCCUCUCAUGACACAAAACCCCGGCACGCAGCCUGAUGGCCUGGAUCCUCCCAAUGGCAAGUCAUACGAAUGGCAAGAUAUCCUUCAGCAGAUUCUCGGAGCUGCUACGGUCUGUGCUCUGGUCUUCUUGGGCGAGAAGUUCAUCAUCCAGCUCAUUUCGAUCGACUAUCACCGCAAGCAAUUCCAUUUCCGUAUCAAGGAGUCAAAGCGUAACAUCUUCCUGCUUAGUCUACUCUACGACGCUUCCCGGGCUUUGUUUCCGGCGUACUGUAACGAGUUCGCUGAGGAAGACUACACAAUCAGUGACCAGCUCGCCAUCACUCUCGGUCUCGGCGGUAGUAAAGGUCACAGCCAUGCUCGAAGUGGAAGUCGUACGCCUAUGCGUGUUCUACAUGAUCUUGGCCGGUACGGUGAUAAGCUCACUUCUGCCUUCGGGAAUGUAGCGUCCGAAAUCACGGGCAAGCAAGUCUUCGAUGCAAACAGCUCACACUCCAUCGUUAUCAAUGCGCUCGAACGUCCGCAAGCUGCUGAGGCGCUGGCUAAGCGUAUCUGGAUGUCUUUUGUUAUGGAAGGUCGCGAAGCAUUGUAUCAGGACGAUCUUCUGGAAGUUCUUGGUUCGGAGAGGAAGACGGACGCCGAGGAGGCAUUCGCUGCUAUUGAUCAGGACGGCAAUGGCGAUAUCUCGCUGGACGAGAUGAUCAUGGUCGUUACCGAAUAUGGCCGGGAGCGCAAGGCUAUCGCCAGCUCUAUGCACGACGUUGACCAAGCCAUCAAUGUUCUGGACAAUCUGUUCAGCGCGGUCGUCUUCAUCGCAGUCGUAUUCAUCUUCGUCGCUUUUCUCAACAAAUCCUUCGUUACCACUUUGGCAACGGCUGGAACCGCUUUGCUGUCCCUCAGCUUCGUCUUCUCGGCGACUUGCCAGGAAGUUCUCGGAAGCUGCAUUUUUGUCUUCGUCAAACAUCCUUAUGAUGUUGGUGACCGGAUUGAUCUUGGGCCUGAUCAAUUCGUGGUUGAGCAUAUCAGCUUGCUCUUUUCCAUUUUCCGGAGGACCAGUGGUGCCAAUUGUGGUCGAUCUGUUCAGAUUCCAAAUAUUGUUUUGAACGCUCUUUGGGUCGAGAACAUUUCGAGGAGCAAGGCAAUGAGCGAGCAGUUUGAUGUUGCGGUAUCGUUCGACACCACAUUCGACGAUGUUCAGAUCCUCAAGGACGAGCUUACACGUUUCGUCAACGACAAGGACAACAGCCGCGACUUUCAGCCUACUUUCGAAAUCGGGAUCCUUGGAACGACUGACCAGUCCAGACUCAUGCUCCAGGUCGAGAUCAGGCACAAGUCGAACUGGGGCAACGAGACUGUCCGACAGGCUAGGAGAAGCAAGUUCAUGUGCGCGCUGGUGUCUGCGCUCAAAGCAGUACCUAUCUACGGACCUGGCGGCGGCUCUGAUGCCUCCGGUAGUGCCGCAAACCCUUCAUACUCUGUCGCCGUCUCGGAUCAAGCUGCUAAGGACUCUGUGGCGGCGGCUGCAGUAACCAGAACAAAGGCACGCCUGUAUCCCAAGACGACAGACGACGCUGAGAAGCUCAGUCCCAUCUCGAGCAGUCGAUCGGGCGCUGCUGGCCUCACUGCUCAUGACACCAAGGUAGUGGGCGAUCUAACAAGCCGUAAUCCGGCCUACGAUGCUUCCCGCGACCAAGCAUGGACGUCCGGCAGGGAAGACGAAAGUACACUUGGUGAGACCAGCUUCGAGCGCGAGCAAGAUUUGAACGAAGUGCGUGGUCUCUUGCGCCGCGAGAGCACAAGAGGCAAGCGCAAACCUAGCACCGAGGGCCAGCGAAUGCAAUAUUCUGGCAUACCGACUAUCAACGAACCAAACACGACCAGCUACGCAGACUACGGCUACCAAAGCACCGGCUACUCUUCCACACCAACAGCUUACAGACCAACACUAUCCAGCGUCCCAUCACAGUCAGCCGUCUCAACAACCUCUAUACCACCACAGCUACCUCAGCUCUCGACUGCGACAUCUCCGAUCGCGACUUCGCCAGUCGAGAUGAGGCAGCUGCAGCAUAGCGCGAGUAAUCCUUACAGACAGAAAUCUCAGACCGGGCAGAGAAAGCCUUUGAGUCCUACUGAUAAUGAGGAGGAGAGGAGGCGUGCCGCGAAUAACGGGCCGUUUGAGAAUACGCGGCCUUAUUCUGGGGUUUAG